AUGGGACUCCCCUUGACAAAUGCUGUAAGCACAACAACCGAGAGUGCUUUACCUGUUAUCGUAGCAGCAAAUGAAUCGCUUUUAUACAGUAUACACAAUGCUGGUUUGCCAUGGUGGGCAACCAUUGUCUCAUCCACGUUCCUAUUACGAUCUUGCUUAACAUUGCCAAUAGCGAUCUACCAACAACGGAGUUUAGGAAAAAUGAUCAAUCUGGGACCCAUGAUCCAAAGCUGGGCAGAAACACUAAAAGUUCAAAUAGCUAAAGAAUCCAACAAGAAAGGCGGCAGCUAUCAGCAAUAUCAAGGGGAAUUACAACAGCAAUAUCGAAAGAAAGUGAAGCAAAUAUAUGCUCAUCAUGGGUGUUCACGGUGGAAAAUUCUGCUUUUACCCUGGAUACAAAUGCCAUUAUUUAUAACUAUGUCCCUCGCGUUAAGAGAUAUAAGCGCGAUGCCCCUUCCUUGGUUUGGAAUGACAUCGGAAAUACCUGCUUUGGGUUUAUCUGAAGAAGGCGUAGGGUGGUUUACUGAUUUGACGGCCGUUGAUUCAACAACGAUUGCCCCGUUUCUGAUAGGUUUUGGUAAUUUGGCUAACGUAGAGUGUGAUUCAAAAUAUUGCUCUCAAGAUACCCUCUGUCAGAGCUGCCUUAAGAUUACCUCAGUUAAAACAGCUCGAAAGACAUAA